AUGGAGGUGGUGAUGCACUUUGUGGUAAUGCAUUGGAACCUCUGGUGCUGCAUUCUUUUGGGAUAUCUUCAUAUAUAUUGUAUGUCUUUUAGUUCAGGACAUCACUUGAAUAGGAGUACUAGCAUAGAAAACUGGUUGGGUUUUUCUGGGUCACUUGUGGGAGAUUAUUCUCAACUCCAUGAUUCUGCAUUUGUUGAAACAUCAACUUCGUCAUUCCCAUUGAAUGUUUCAGUCUCUUGUGAGGACUUGAAAGGUGUAGGAUCUUUUAACACCACGUGCUUGCUAAGCUCAACUCAUUAUUUGAAAUCGGAUAUUAACAUUUAUGGAGUUGGGAACCUGGAGUUACUCUCAGAUGUGUCACUUUUAUGCCCGGUGGAAGGGUGUAUGAUAACAGCCAAUGUGUCUGGCAACAUUAAACUUGGUCAAAAUGCAUCUAUUGUUGCUGGUUCUGUGGUUUUAUCUGCAGCGAAUCUGACUAUGGAAUACAAUUCUUAUAUAGACUCAUCAUCUUUAGGUGGGUCACCACCUUCCCAAACUAGUGGCACUCCUGUUGGCAAUGAUGGAGCUGGUGGAGGGCAUGGUGGGCGUGGUGCAUCUUGUGUAAAAAAUAACAAGACAAACUGGGGUGGUGAUGUUUAUGCUUGGUCUACAUUGUCUGAACCAUGGAGUUAUGGGAGCAAGGGUGGUGGGAAAUCUACUAAAAAGCAAUAUGGAGGGAAUGGUGGGGGGCGAGUUAAACUUCUAGUGAAGGACACUUUAUAUGUAAAUGGAUCUAUUAUUGCAGAAGGAGGACAUGGAGGGUCUGAUGGGGGAGGUGGAUCUGGUGGAAGUAUAUUGGUCCAGGCCAUGAAGCUGAAGGGGUAUGGUACCAUCAGUGCUGCUGGUGGGACAGGAUGGGGUGGAGGAGGUGGAGGAAGAAUAUCACUUGAUUGUUAUAUCAUACAAGAAGAUUUAAACAUUACUGUUCAUGGAGGAUUGAGUAUUGGCUGUCCUGGGAAUUCUGGAGCAGCAGGCACAUAUUUCAAUGCACAUUUACUAAGUUUGAAAGUUAGUAAUGACAAUGUUACAACAGAAACUGAGACUCCUUUGCUUGACUUCUCAACCAGCCCUUUAUGGUCAAAUGUUUAUGUGGAAAAUAAUGCAAAAGUUUUGGUUCCGCUUGUGUGGUCCAGAGUUCAGGUAAGAGGCCAAAUUAGUGUAUACAGUGGAGGAAGCUUAAUCUUUGGGUUGUCUGAUUAUCCAAUUUCCGAGUUUGAGCUUGUUGCAGAAGAGCUUUUAUUGAGUGAUUCUACCAUAAAGGUUUUUGGUGCAUUUAGAGUUUCUGUUAAAAUGUUACUCAUGUGGGAUUCCACAAUGCAAAUUGAUGGUGGUGAAACUACUGUUGUGACUGCUUCAGUACUUGAACAAAAUUCUGUCAUUACUUCAAAUACGAACUUGGCAUUAUAUGGUCAAGGACUACUACAAUUGACUGGUGAUGGUGAUGCAAUCAAAGGCGAGCGGUUAUCCUUGUCUCUCUUCUAUAAUGUAACUUUGACAGUGUUGCUCUUUCGACAGGUUGGUCCAGGUUCUUUAAUUCAAGCUCCUUUGGAUGAUGACGCUAGUAGAGGCAUGGUGACAAAACAUCUAUGCGACACACAGAGAUGCCCAAUGGAUUUGAUAACUCCACCUGAUGAUUGUCAUUUGAACAUUGUGGUGAAUUCUACUGAGUUUUGGCAGAUUUGUCGUGUUGAGGAUCUUCUUGUAAAUGGCAUCAUGAAGGGUAGCAUAAUUCACAUUCACAGGGCAAGAACUGUGAUUGUUGAUACCGAUGGCAUGAUUACUGCAUCUGAAUUAGGUUGCACUGAAGGUAUUGGAAAGGGUAACUUUUUGAAUGGAGCUGGUGGUGGUGCUGGACAUGGUGGAAAAGGCGGAUCUGGAUAUUUCAAUGGGAGAGAGAGUAUUGGUGGUAAUGACUAUGGAAAUGCUAUUCUUCCAUGUGAAUUGGGUAGUGGAACUGAGGGCCCAAAUGAGUCAUAUGGGCAUGUUGUUGGAGGCGGGAUGAUUGAUGACUGCAAAUGCUAUAUCUUGAUGGGAUCCAUUCAGUGGCCACUUUUGAAACUUGAACUUUAUGGAUCCUUGAGGGCUGAUGGCGAAAGCUUUAGCAAAUCAAUAACAAGCAGUGAUGGUUCUUUGGUGGGGGGUCUAGGUGGAGGUUCUGGUGGAACAGUCCUUCUUUUCCUUCAAGAACUUAGGCUCUUGGAGAAUUCAUCCUUAUCUGUUGUUGGGGGCAAUGGUGGCCCUGUUGGUGGUGGUGGUGGAGGUGGAGGUCGAAUCCAUUUCCAUUGGUCAAAGAUUGGUACAAAGGAAGAAUAUGUUCCCGUUGCAAGUGUUAGUGGCACCAUAAAUAACAGUGGAGGUGCUGGGGACAAUGAUGGCCAACAUGGACAGGAGGGCACUAUAACAGGGAAGGCAUGCCCUAAAGGGGGUGUUACAGAACGGUCUUGUCCAUAUAAAUGUAUAUCAGACAAAUAUCGAAUGCCCAAUUGCUAUACACCUCUAGAGGAGCUCAUUUAUACAUUUGGGGGUCCCUGGCCAUUUUCGGUCCGUGGAGCUAGAGCUGAAGAGACUCAAAAUCAGCCCACUAAUCUUCACCAGGAAUGUGCUGUACCACCAGUUGCUUGGCAACAACCUUCUCUUGAACACAUCCAAAGACCACCAUAUAAGGCAUCCUUAGGAUACAUUAGAUUGCUUUUGACUGCUGUCCAAUAUGAGACUCCAAAGGGGAGGCCAUACUUUAUUAACAACAAAACUGAGCUUAAGUACCAGGAAAAUUCCACCAGGAAGCUGGAUGAUACCACUAUUGAGACGAAUUCAAGACACCAUUGGUAUGAGGAUGCUUUUAAUAGAUUUAUUGAUGAAAUCAACUCAGUCGCAGCAUAUGAUUGGUGGGAGGGAUCAGUGCAUAGUAUUCUUUCAGUUGUUGCAUAUCCUUGUGCUUGGUCCUGGAAGCAUUGGCGGCAGAGAGUCAAAAUUAGUCGCCUUCAAGAAUAUGUCAAGUCUGAAUAUGACCAUUCUUGUCUACGCUCGUGUCGAUCUCGUGCUUUAUACAAAGGGAUGAAGGUUGGGGCAACUCCAGAUUUAAUGGUAGCAUACAUUGAUUUUUUUCUUGGUGGUGAUGAGAAGCGAUUAGACAUUGUAUCAAUUAUACAGAAGAGAUUCCCUAUGUGCAUAAUUUUUGGUGGGGAUGGGAGCUACAUGGCGCCAUAUAAUCUUUACAAUGAUACAAUGUUGACCAACCUCCUUGGUCAGCAUGUCCCACCAACUGUUUGGAAUCGCUUGGUAGCUGGACUGAAUGCUCAGUUACGGACAGUAAAGCAUGGAUCCAUUCGUACUUCUCUAGGCCCUGUUGUUGAUUGGAUAAAUAGUCAUGGAAACCCCCAACUUGAGUUCCAUGGAGUUAAAAUGGAGCUUGGAUGGUUCCAAGCAACAGCUUCUGGCUACUAUCAGCUUGGUAUCGUGGUUGCAGUUGGGGAUUACUCCCUUCUUGAUUUGCACCAGUCUGAUACUUGGGUUGCCACGGAUGAAGUUAUGAGGAAAAAUGUACAACAUGGAAAAAAGAAUCUUAAGCAGCUACAGCAUAGUUGGCCAUACAUGAGUAAUUCAUUAUCUCUUAAAAGGAUAACUGGAGGAAUUAAUGGCGGCCUAAUAAAUGAUGCUACCUUAAAAUCAUUGGACUUUAAAAGGGACUUUCUAUUUCCACUUUCUCUCCUGUUGUGCAAUACAAGACCCGUUGGUCGUCAGGACACUGUACAGUUGCUGAUUACUUUGAUGCUUUUAGCAGAUUUUUCUGUCACUCUCCUCAUGUUGCUUCAGUUCUACUGGAUUUCUCUUGCAGCUUUUCUCUCUGUUCUACUAAUUCUUCCCCUUUCUCUACUUUCUCCAUUUCCUGCUGGUCUGAAUGCAUUAUUCAGUAAAGAACCUAGAAGAGCUUCACUUUUUCGAGUAUAUGCACUGUGGAACGCUACUUCUUUAUCUAAUAUUGGAGUGGCUUUUAUUUGUUGUCUCCUUCAUUAUGCAUUAUCCCAUUUUCACCACCCUGAAGAAACAAGUGCACGUCAUGUUAAGAGGGAAGAUGAUAAAUGUUGGCUCUUGCCUAUCAUCCUUUUUCUAUUAAAGUCGGUACAGGCUCGUUUUGUCAAUUGGCACAUAGCGAAUCUAGAAAUUGAAGAUUUUUCUCUAUUUUGUCCGGAUCCGGAUGCUUUUUGGGCACAUGAAUCUGUUCAAAAGGAUGCUUCAUUUUGGCAUGGUCGGCAGGCGGUGUCAGCAGCAGCAGCCUUGCCGUGUGAAUAUAUUCAGUGA